AUGGCAACCCUCCUCCGGCACGAGCUCAGCAACGGCUGGGCAUUCAAACAGAGGGAUGACGCCUCAGAGAACCCAUGGCUUCCUGUCCCCAGCAUUCCCAGUCAGGUUCACGUGGAUCUGCUGGCGAACAAGAAGAUCCCGGACCCGUUCCUAGACAUGAACGAGCUCGCUGUCCAAUGGGUCGCAGAAAAGGACUGGGUCUACCGCCUCUCAUUCCCGACGCCCGCGGACUUCACAAACGGCCCCAGCGCCGUCACGGAUCUCGUUUUUGAAGGGUUGGACACCUUUGCGACGGUCACCCUGAACGGAGCCGAGGUGCUCAAGUCGGACAACAUGUUCCUGUCCCACCGCGUCAACGUCUCGCAGCACCUCAAGACCGACGGAGACCGCAGCAACCUCUUGGAGGUGGUCUUCGACUCGGCUCUCCUCCGCGGCAGGGAACUCCUGGAGGAGCACGCGCACGAGCAUAACUUCAUUGCCCGGCAGACGGAGCAGGGCCGUCUUCCCGUCAGGAAGGCGCAGUAUCACUGGGGAUGGGACUGGGGUCCGAUUCUCGUCACGGCUGGUGUGUGGAAGCCUGUAUUCCUUGAGCAGUAUGUCGCGCGCAUCGAUGAUGUUUGGGUCAAGAGCGAAGUCAGUCCGGAUCUGGAGACUGUGUCUGGACAAAUUAUAGUCAAGACGCAGGGUUCCGGCGCUGAGGAGAUCUCGGUAACGUUCAGCCUCAACGACGAGGUUGUGUUGGAAAAACACCUGAAAGUCACGGAGGACGGCACAGCCAAGGUGGACUUCCACCUCGAGAAGCCCCAGCUCUGGUACCCCCUCAACAACGGCCCGCAGACCCUAUACACAAUCACAACGACCCUCCACCACGCCUCUCGCAGCAGCUCGGAGCAGCAUCCGCCGCCGCCACUAGCAACGCAAACCAAGAAAACAGGCUUCCGCCGCGCGGAACUCAUCCAAGAGCCCGAUGUCCUCGGCAAAUCCUUCUACUUCCGCAUUAACAACGCCGACGUCUUCACCGGUGGCUCCUGCUGGAUCCCCGCCGACAGCUUCCACGCCUCCAUCCCGGCCUCGCGGUACCGCACCUGGGCCGAGCUGCUGGUGGCUUCAAACCAGAACAUGCUGCGGAUGUGGGGCGGCGGAGUGUACGAGGCGGACGCGCUCAUGGAGGCGUGCGAUGAAUUGGGCGUGCUGGUUUGGCACGACUUUUGCUUCGCGUGCGGGAGCUACCCCACGUAUCCUAGCUUCCUGACGAGCGUCGAGGAGGAGGCGAGGCAGAAUCUCAAGAGGUUGCGGGGCCAUCCGAGUAUCGUGAUUUGGGCGGGGAACAACGAAGAUUAUCAGGUGCAAGAGAAGUACAAGCUCGAGUAUCAGUAUGAUGAAGAUAAGAACCCCGAGUCAUGGCUCAAGUCGAGUUUCCCGGCGCGGUAUUUGUAUGAGUAUUUGCUGCCCAAGGUUGUGGAGGAGGAGAGCCCGCAUACGGUGUAUCAUCCGAGUAGUCCUUGGGGUGAUGGCAAGCCGACCGCCGACCCGACAGUGGGAGAUAUUCAUCAGUGGAACAUCUGGCACGGCGCAAUGAAUAAAUACCAAGAAUCCAGUCUCCUGACAGGCCGGUUCGUCUCCGAAUUCGGCAUGGAAGGCUACCCCCAUCUCACCACCACCACCGCGAUGCUCACCUCCCCGUCCCAGCGCCGCCCGGGCUCCAUGGCCCUCGACUUCCGCAACAAGGCUUACGACCACGAGCGGCGCAUGAUGACCUACGUCGUCGAGAACUUUUCCGUCCGCUACGACCUCGCCUGGUUCACGUACCUGACGCAGCUGAUGCAGGCCGAGACCAUGACCUUUGCCUACAAGGCCUGGCGACGGGACUGGGGCGUCCCGGGUCGGAGGGGCUGCGGGGGCGCGCUGGUGUGGCAGCUCAAUGAUUGCUGGCCGACGAUCAGCUGGGCGAUUGUGGAUUACUGGCUUGUGAGGAAGCCCGCGUUCUACGCGAUUGGGCGGGCGUUGAGGGUUCUUGAUGUCGGCGUUGGGAGGAGGGUUGAUGAGUGGACAAAGUGCCAUGCUGAUCCGACGCUGGCGGCCAGGGGCACAGAGUUUGAGGUGUGGGUUGCGAGUGCGAAGGCCGAUGUUGUGGCUGGGGACCUUGUGGUGAGGUUCAUCUCCAUUGAGACCGGAAAGGAGGUCAGGGAGAGGAUCGAGAAGAAGGUUGUUGUGAAGGCGAAUGCGACGACGGAGGUUGUCGAGAAGCACAAGGUUAAGGCCCUAAAGGAGAGUUUUGAGGAUACGAGUGUGCCGUUUCGGCCGGAGGAUGAUGAUCCGUUUGUUAUCCAUGCGACGCUUUUUGUUGACGGCAAGGCCGUGGCGGAAGAUACGGCGUGGCCGCAACCGUUGAAGUAUAUUGACUUUUCGGACCGCAAGGUGCGGACGGAGUCGAGAGAUGGGGCGCUUAUUGUUUCAGCAGAGAGGCCGGUCAAGGGCUUCAUCAUUCAGGAAGAACGGGGAAUGACGCUGAGUGACAAUGGAUUCGAUCUGGUGCCGGGAGACGAACGGGUUGUACGUGUUGAGGGUUACAACGUGGAGAAGUUGAGGUGGACCUAUUUAGGUGCACCGGAGGCGUCUUUAGGUUUUUCUGCAUAG